AGCAAAGCUUCACUAAUGGCUUACACAAUGCAUCUUAGCAUUCUUGAUUCAAUCCGAAAUUGCAAACCCUCUACAAUAUUGCCCCCACCUAAAAGACUAGUCUCAACUUUAACAAGAAGAAAAUGUGGCGAUGUACCUCAUUCUUUCCAAACCAUGGCCCCCCAAGAAAACUCAAGUAUUGACUCUACUAUUGUCCGACGAUCAGCAAAUUACCAACCUACCAUUUGGCAUUAUGAUUACAUCCAAUCAAUAAGAAGCGAAUACAUGGGAGAGUUACUCACCCCAAAGAUUGAUAAGCUGAAGGGAGAAGUAAAAACGAUGUUUCGCAAAGUGAUGGAUCCGAUAAAGCAACUCGAGCUGAUUGACAUCUUGCAAAGACUUGGAGUAUCUUACCACUUUGAGGAUGAAAUAAGGACUAUAUUGGAAAACAAAUACAAUACUCAUCAUAGUGGUGAUAUUUGUGAGAAGCAGAAUUUAUAUGCCACAGCUGUUGAGUUUAGACUACUAAGACAACAAGGAUAUGAUGUACCUCAAGAGACUUUCAAAAGUUUCUUAAAUAAAAACAAGAAUUUCAAAGAAUGUUUUUGUGUUGAUAUUGAAGGAAUGCUGGCUUUGUAUGAAGCCUCAUUCCACCAAAGAGAAGGUGAAAGCAUCUUGGAGGAAGCAAGAUAUUUUGCAACCAAACAUCUUAAAGAGUAUGUGGAUCGAAACAAAGAUGAUCAAUAUCUUUGUAUGAUGGUGAGUCACGCCCUAGAGCUUCCACUGCAUUGGAGAGCGAUAAGGUUGGAAGCGAGAUGGUUCAUUGAUGCAUAUAGGAGUAGAGAAGAUAUGAACCCUACCUUGCUUGACCUGGCAGAACUGGAUUUUAAUAUAGUACAAGCAAUCCACCAAGAAGAUCUUAAAGAAGUGUCACGGUGGUGGAGGAGUUAUGGCCUUGGAGAUUUGAGCUUUGUAAGGGAUAGAGUGGUGGAGAAUUUCCUAUGGGCAGUGGGAUUAUUAUUUCAACCUCAAUUUGGAUAUGAGAGGAGAAUGUUAACAAAACUCGGUGCAUUGUUAACAGUAAUAGAUGAUGUCUAUGAUGUUUAUGGCACUUUAGAAGAGCUUAAGCUCUUUACCGAUGUUGUUGAAAGAUGGGACGUGAAUGCAAUGGAACAACUUCCUUAUUAUCUACAGAUUUGUUUCCUUGCCGUCUACAACACGGUUAAUGAAAUGGCUUUUGACACUCUCAAGGAAAAAGGAUGCAACAUCCUUUGGUACAUGAAAAAGGCGUGGGCAGAUAUAUGUAGAUCUUAUUUGUUGGAGGCAAACUGGUUUUACAAUGGACAUACGCCAAGCCUUCAAGAAUACUUUGAAUGUGGAUGGAUCACUAUAGCACUACCAAAUAUACUGGUGCACUGUUAUUUUUUCAUCAACAAUCCCAUAACAGAGGAAGCCUUGGAUUCAUUGGAAGAAUAUCCUGAUAUAAUUCGUUUGUCGUCAUUCAUUGGGCGACUUGCAGAUGAUCUCGGAACAUCUUCGGACGAGUUAAAGAGGGGGGAUAAUCCUAAAUCAAUCCAAUGCUACAUGAAUGACACUGGUGCCAGUGAGGAAGAUGCUCGUCAAUACAUGAAGUCCUUGAUUAGUGCAACAUGGAAGACAAUUAAUGGAAAUCUCAUUGCAAGUUCUCCAUUCUCCAAAACAUUUAAUGAGAUCGCAACGAAUACUGCAAGGGUGUCCCUGUUCAUGUACCAGCAUGGAGAUGGGCAUGGCAUUGUAGACCGUGAGACUAAGGACCGCGUGUUAGCGUUGUUUAUUCAUCCCAUUCCCAUAGCUAAUAAUUGAUGAAUGAUUGGCUAAAUCACAUAUGUAUCUUCCUACUUUUUCCAUGUGUCAAAGGUUAUUUGUCUUUUUACCUCACUAAUAAUACCGCUCCUUGU